AUGACCAAGUCGUUGCCGCUACCGCCGCGCUUUUUCAAGUGCCCGGAGCUCACGCAACGAGAGAAACAACAUCUUGUUGGGAAAGCCAAGGAAUCGGCCAAAGCUUUAAUUGACGUUACACGUAAUAAUCAAGGACCAGUGAGAUGGGAGGAAGCAGGAGCACAUCGAGGAGUCCAGUUAUACAAGGGUGAAGCUCGAUACCCUGAAAGUGUUGUAGGCGAAUCGAUCAUGUACGGCUGUGGUGCUACUACCAUUCAGUCUACAUUGGAUGAAGUUGCUGACUUCUUUGAUUUGUCAACGGAUGAAAAAGUUGCGGAAUUUGUAGAUCGUAACGUGGAGAUGCUAGAUGGUCAAUUACUCUAUGUGCUCCAGGACCCGUCAUUGUUGAAUGAACCUACAUCGAAAUCUCGUGGACACCGUCGUGGUGCCAGUACAACGCUUACUGUAAGUCAGGUGACAGUCAAGUGGUUUGUCAUUGACGUACCGUCAAAACUCAUGAAGAACCGUGAUUUCCUUACAGUGGAGUGUCAAAGUACUUUUGUGGACGUUAGCGGUCGUCGAGGUUGGGUGCGUUCUUACCACUCCAUUAAGUUACCAUGUUGUCCGGAGCUAGGCGAUUACAGCCUGGUACGAGGCAGUUUUUACCACACGGGCUACGUGUUCGUCGAGAGUGAGAGACAUGGUUUACUGGACGUAAUAUUCAGUGCACAGGUCAAUAUGAAGAGCAGUGUAAAGAUACCAGCAGCACUGUACAUGACGAUCCAAAAGAAGAGAUUAUCAAGCAUCGCAGAUCUACAAAAAUGGAUCACGCGAAGGCGACUUGGCACGCAACAUUUUCUUGGAGACCUAGAGCUUGUGCUUAAGAGCCAACGCAAGCGCUGCAACGUUUGUUCAGCCAAGUUUGGACUAAUUGUGCGAAAGGCACGAUGCCGCAAGUGUGGUGAAGUAGUAUGUUCUUCCACGUGCAGUACGGAGUGGGAGGUGCCGAUUCCUGGCCAGGGAGUUAGGAAGAUUCGGGUAUGCUCAAAAUGUGCUCAGAACGCGGACUUAGCAGUGUUUGAGGAUCUUCCGCCCAGUGAACAGUUCUCUGACAUGAGUAUGAAUGACGACGAUGUGCCUAUGAUCAGUGUGCGUGCUCCAGGCUACCAGUACAAUAGCAAAAGUGAUACGGAAUCUUUGCGUCAACUUGGCCAACAGAGUCUUGACAGUGAUGAUUAUGACAGUUGUGGCGACCAUCUUCGAGAGUCUGGUCAACCUGGACCGUAUGGUGGCAGCUAUGAAGAGAUUUACAGCCAGAAUGAAAGCUGCCAGGAUUCAGAUUUAGAGUUUCCUCGUCUAAUUGGCAUUGAACAGGAUGAUUUAGGGGUCGACUCAUAUCAAUACACGACUGACUCUGGUGAGUACGACGAACCUCCGUCAACCGAAAGAAGGCGCGACGACAGGAGAUACGACCCGAGAAACCCUGACAUGCAUGACUACCAGACCUACGGUGUUUCGCCUCCGCAGUAUCAUGAUGAUGAGCAGAAGCAAGCGCUUCAACGUCAACAGCGUGCUUUACAGCGGCAGCAGAACAAGCGAAGACUCUUGCAGCGACAGCAACAACAGCAGGAGACACUGAUGCUUCGCUGCCAGCAACAAUACCCUGAAACGGAUAAUUGCUACGUGCCACUGGAGGACUCACUGAGCAGCAGUGAAUUGAACGAGUCCAACUACAGCAGCGCUAGCUCAGACAUAUUCUCUUCGUUCUUGACAUCGAGUCAAUUGGCACGACACACGAAGCAUAUGGGGAAGCCUGGUCCAGUCACUCGUAAGGAGCGAGACGCAGCGCAGCAUGCAGUACAAAAACAGCAGCAUGCUAAGCGCAGAAAAGCUAAAGCUGAUCCUCCACGUCGAAUUCCACCUCCAUCGGUUUCUUUUGACCGACCACUUACGCAACUGGAGCAACUGCAGGUGCAGCGGUGGGCAGAACAAGAGGCAAAAUUCCGCGAGCAGGUCAUAGAAGCAGAUAUCCCUUUUGACUUGGAGCUGGAGACUUCAGAGAUUUCACCAUCAGAUAUCGAUCUUCAUGAAGCAGAUAUUCUGGAAGAUUUAAGAGUCCCUCACGAUCCAGCGCUGCCACUAUUUUUCCGCAGCCUGCAUAGCAGCACGCAAACGCAACAAGAUUUCGGUGCACCCGUCGAUGAGUUCGCGCCUCUAUUUGUAAAUAAGGCUCAGUCUGCCACCAACUUAGGCCAACGAACAGUGAGCGUUGCGGAUGAUGAAGAUGGACUGAAUAAUUCAUUAGCUGAGUUGGCUAUCAAUUUCAAUUCGCUGCUGCGUCCGGAGGAUCUGCGUCCUACGGAGGAGAGCAUUCGUUUGUCUUUGGACUCCAAUGGCCAGGAUUACGGCAUCGAGAGCGACGCUGCGAUUCCUGAUAAGGCUGACGUCUCGGCCACUAAGUUUGAGCCGAAUGCUUCCAAGAUGACUAUCGUGAAGCUGUACCAGCGGAUUCUAGAGCUGACGAACAAGCAGCACAAGUUAGAUGCACAACCCGAGUCAGACGUGGACGAAAAGAAGGAGGUAGCUCGUGAGCUCGAAGAACUGUAUGAGAAACUUCACGCUGAGGUGGAAAUAUAA